AUGUCAGAUGACAGCACUAGUUUGGGGCUGUCUUCUGCACUAACCCAGGAUGACCCCUUGCAACAGUCCCCCUUCAACCAAAUGCCUGGCAUAGCUGCUAGUGCCCAAUAUGAUUUCAGUCAAUUUGUCACCCCCAAAUUUCAUCACAUCAGUGACCCUUCUUUGGGUGGCAGCCAGAACUUACUUGGUCAAACUCCACCACCACACCCAUCAUUGAGCAAUAGUGACUCCUUACUACAAUCAACCAAUCAGUUUAAUAAUUAUAACAUUUCCACAGGUCAGACUAUAACAACUCCACAGCAACAGCAGCAACAGGAUUUGGUAUCAAAUUCUGUUUGGAAUCCACCUCAAACUAACACCUGUUUUAUACAAACACAACCAGUUCAAAAUCAACCUACAGAAGUGCAACAAAAUGUGGCAGGUACAGUUGACUUGAAUAUGUCUUCAUACCUGACACAUCAUGAUUAUGCAUUACCAGCAGCUCAACAGCCUCUUGCCCGGUUAUCUCAUUUUCCAGAUAAUACGGACGCCAGCCAAACCUCCAUACUUCAGGGAUCUAUUGGUCAAACUGAAGCAACCCAAAUGCUAAAUGUGCCUAUUGUCAAUACCAGUGGAGUAGACUCUCUUGGUCACAUACAACAAUCUCAACAACAACAACAACAACAGCAACAACAAACUACUUUGUUCACUUCAACCACUCAGGUACCACUUGCUGCUCCAGAUAUAACUGUUAACACCUAUAAUUCUUCACAGCCAUUGCAUAACUUUCAAGCAACUGACUAUCUUGAAACACACAAUCCUCAGCAGAUGUUGCAGCAAGUGCAGCAACAGCAAGUCUGUAACGGGUCCACGAUGUUGAACUCAGGGACCAACCAGCAGUCUGUUGGAACAAAUGAUGCAGCUGUCAAUAUAGUGCAACAGUACACUUUCCAAACAACUGCAGCUUCUAAUUCUCCCCAGCUUCAACUCCAACAGUCACAGCCUGUUUCUGGAUCUCAACCUCCUCAGCAUACUUUUUCAAAAGGCCGCUCUUUCCAUUUGAUACAUGCAGAUCUACAAAUUCCUCAAGAGAACCAGUCUCAGACAACUACAACAGUCCCCCUCUCUCAGUUAUUAUCAUCUGGUAACAUCACUCGUCUUGUCCCUCAGUCAACUGCUCAGCAAACAUUUACAAAUGCCUCUUGCCAAAUCUCCACUGCUGCAAAACAAGUAACCCAGCAAAUACAUCUGACAACUGUAUCACCAAAGCAGCAAUCGGGAACCCAACCACUUGCGAAAGUAAUUACAUCUGCCAGCCCUGCUAUCUUCACCUCAACUAGGACUAUCCAAGUGAGUGGUGAUAAAUUAGUGCCUUCUUCCUUGAAGCCUGGCACAGAAAUCACUGUUGCCCAGCCUCCAACCUCUUUGUCAACAUCAAUGGACUUACAGGCAUCUCAAAAAUUCAUGAUAACCACAGCUACCAGUGGUGGAACUGUUCAGGUUGGCCAAGUGACAAGAGCACCAAAAUCUAAAAAUCAGGCAAAAGUUGUGAGCCUUACAAUUAAACCACCAUGUAAAACGACUACCUCGAAUACUACCAUGAUUGUUAAAACUGAUAAUAAGAAGAAGAAAACAACCCCCAAAAAAAAGAAGGUUUAUAAAACUCCUCAAGAUAAAGCUAAUGAGAUAAUUGCUCAAGCUUUAGUUGAUGCCCAGCAAAAAGGAAUUACAGAGAUCCCUCGUGUGAUUCCACCAUCAGGUGCAAUCAGUGAAAAUGCUGAAAAGCCAGCAACUGAGAAGCCAAAAAGGGUACGAAAACCAAAAGAGUCAAAGGAGGUAAAAGAAUCUAAAGAGAAAAAACCAAAAUCUUCGAAAAAGACAAAAUCUCCCAAGAAAAAAGUAAACCCCAUUCCUAUUAAACGAAACAAGAAGCGGGGAAUUGAUUCUGAUAAUUCAGAUUUGGAAAUGACACCCCCACGAAUUUCUUUGGAAGAUGAUUCAAUUCAAAAACGACGGUCUGCCCGCAACACAAAAAGAAAAAAAUAUUGUGAUGAUGUUGAUCUCAACUUUUCUGAUGAUAAUCAAGAAAUUGAUGUAGAAAGUGUUGAUACACCAAUGUUUAGACUGCCGGAUGCACCAUUAGGAGAAGAAGUUUUGAUUGUAGAAAAGAUCUUGGGCAUCAGAACAGAACAAGUGCAAUUGCCUGAUUCUGAUGAAACAAAACUUGAGGAACAAUUUUAUGUAAAGUACAAAAAUUUAUCUUACCUUCACUGUGAAUGGAAAUGUGUUGAAGACUUGUCAUCUGACUUAAGAAUACAGGGCAAAGUAAAACGUUUCAAGGCAAAGUAUGCAUUAAAUCAGUUUCUCAUGCCUGAUGACGGUGUCCUGUUUAACCCUGCCUAUAUUGAGGUGGACAGAGUACUUGAUAUGGCUGUUGAUGCUGAUGGAAAUGUUACCCAUUAUUUUGUAAAAUGGUGUUCUCUACCUUAUGAGGAAAGCACAUGGGAACUUCCGAGUGAUGUCUCUGAAGAAAAAAUAGAAGAAUUUGAGAGAUUUAAAACAAUACCAUCUGAUGAACAGAAGGAACGUCCUUCACCAUCAGAAUGGAAGAAAUUAGAGGAAUCCAGAGAAUACAAAAAUAAUAAUGUUCUCAGAGAAUAUCAAUUGGAAGGAGUGAAUUGGCUGACAUUUAGCUGGUACAAUGGACGGAAUUGUAUUCUUGCUGAUGAAAUGGGAUUGGGAAAAACUAUACAAAGUAUUACAUUUUUGAAUGAAAUCAAAUUACAUGGGAUCCAUGGACCUUUCCUUGUGAUUGCUCCUCUCUCAACUGUUUGCAAUUGGCAAAGAGAAUUUGAAAAUUGGACUGAUAUAAAUGCAAUAAUUUAUCAUGGAGGGAAUGAUAGUCGGCAUAUAAUACGAGAAACAGAGUUUUACUUUAGAGAUGAAAAUAAUGAAAUCAUCCAGGGGAUAAAAUUUGACUCCUUCACAGCUUUCAUGAAAGAUUUUGGUGACUUAAAAACUGAGGAGCAAGUUGACAAACUAAAAUCACUGUUAAAACCUGUGAUGCUACGGCGUUUGAAAGAAGAUGUUGAGAAGAAUUUAGCUCCCAAAGAAGAAACUAUUGUAGAAGUUGAAUUAACAAAUAUUCAGAAAAAAUACACUUAUGAACGUCUUGAUGGAAGAAUUCGUGGCAACUUGCGGCAAGAAGCAAUAGAUCGUUUUUCCAAACCUGAUUCUGAUCGCUUCAUUUUUCUUUUAUGUACCCGUGCCGGUGGUCUAGGCAUUAACCUCACUGCAGCUGACACUGUCAUCAUUUAUGAUUCUGACUGGAACCCCCAAAAUGAUUUACAAGCUCAAGCUCGAUGUCAUCGGAUAGGCCAAAACAAAUCUGUCAAAGUUUAUCGGCUUAUUACAAGAAACACAUAUGAAAGAGAAAUGUUUGAUAAAGCCUCUUUGAAACUUGGUCUUGAUAAGGCUUUAUUGCAAUCAGUUGGUGCUGACAAAAAAAUUGGUGCACAGCAAAGAGGACCAUUAACUAAAAAGGAAAUUGAAGAUCUCCUCAAACGAGGUGCCUAUGGUACCCUGAUGUCAGAUGAUAAAGCUGGUGACAAAUUUUGUGAAGAAGACAUAGAAGAAAUAUUACAAGGCCGUACAAGUGUGGUGCAGAUAGAUAGUGUGGGCACAGGCUCAACAUUUGCAAAAGCCAGCUUUUCCAUGAAGGAUAAUUGUAACAUUGAAGUGAAUGAUCCUGAUUUUUGGGCUAAAUGGGCCAAAAAGGCAGAUAUUGAUCAAACUAAAAUGUCAUCAAAAAAAAAUCUUAUUAUUGAAGAACCUCGUCAACGUCGACAAACAGCUCGUUAUGGAAAUCAAGAUCUAUUUAAGGUCUCUGAUAUUGAUAGUGACAGUGAUUAUGAGGAAUCUGGUGGUGAGGAAAAGAAAGUUGUCAGUACAGGCAAAAAAAGAGGACGGAAAAAGGGUAGUGGACGCAGAAAAACUUUUGAUGAAGAUUUUGAAAUUGAUGACCCAAUUGAUGGUAGCUAUUCUCGAGCAGAAUUGUUUAAAGUUGAAAAAAACCUGCUGGUGUAUGGUUGGGGCCGGUGGGUUGAUAUCCUUUCACAUGGACGCUUUAAACGAAGACUUACUGAAAAUGAUGUGGAGACCAUUUCCAGAGCAAUGUUGUUGUAUAGUUUAAAAUUCUAUAAAGGUGAUGAAAGAAUCAAGGAUUUCAUUUGGGAUCUUGUCAGUCCUUCAAGUGAUUGUACUCUGAAAAAUCAUUCUGGACUUUCAGCUCCUGUUCCACGGGGACGCAAGGGCAAAAAGGCCAAAAGAGAAUCCAAAAACUUCUCUGCUGUUAUUGAAUUGGAAAAGGACAAUAUGCAAAUGGACCCUGAAAUUGUUUUGUCUGACCAAAGUUAUAAAAGACACAUAGAAAGGCAUUCAAACAAAGUAUUGUUGAGAGUGCGACUUCUCUAUUACUUAAAGCAGGAAGUUAUUGGUGAUGAGUGCCAGAAGGUACUACAAGGUGCUGAUCAUAAAGAUAUUGAUAUACCCAAGCCAAUUGUUGAUGGUGAACCACCUUGUGAAUGGUGGGACGGAGAUGCUGAUAAAUGCCUCUUGAUUGGUAUUUUUAAACAUGGCUAUGAAAAAUAUAGUUUAAUACAGCAAGACCCUCGCCUCUGCUUUUUAUGUAAAUGUGGACCACCUGAUGGUGAUGCAUUACUUGCUGAACAAAAUGAUGAUAACUUUGACAACGAUUAUGAUAUUGAUGUGCAAGCUUCACGGGAUGAAGAAGAGGAUGUUAUGGAAGCACCGUCUUACACUCGCUUGUUGGUAAACCGCACGCAUAAUGAAGGUAAACUGCCAUUCCCUGGAAUUCCUGAGCUGAACACCAGAUUUAGACGAAUGAUUACUGGUUACCAAAGGCACCACUGUAAGAAUCAGCAAAUUCUUGCACAGAGGGCCAAGAAACUUGAGCGGCUAAACAGAGCUGAAGCUGCUAAUAAAGAAAGAGCUAUUAAGAAAAGAGAAUCCCAACAAAGGUGGUCAAGGCGAGAGAGUGCAGAUUUCUACAAGACUAUUGCAUCUUAUGGUGUUGAAAUUGACACUCGAACUAAAAUGUACAAGUGGGAUCACUUCCGUAUUCUGGCAAGACUAGAUAAAAAAUACGAUGAUACACUAACAGAAUAUUAUGAAGCUUUUUAUGAUAUGUGUCAACGAGCUUGUAAAAAAGAGGAAGAAAUUAUUUGGUUAUCACCUCAACCCAAUAGCCUGUUUGUUGAACCUAUUACUAGUGAAAGAGCAUGUCGAUGUUUAGCAAGGAUCAGUCUCCUCAGACGGCUUAGAGAGAACAUUAUUCCACAUCCACAAUUUGAAGAACGGAUCAAAUUAUGUCAAAUAACCUAUGACAUGCCUUCUUGGUGGGUUGCUGGAAAACAUGAUAAGGAACUAGUAUUGGGUGCUGCAAAGCAUGGUAUUUCCCGUACGGAUUUAAACAUUUGUCCUGAUCGAGCAUAUAGCUUCCAUUUGCAUUUUAAGGGGAAGUUGAACCAGUCAUCUCUAGAGUCAUCAAUAUUUAAGCCAUUAAGAUGUGAGUCAACAAGCCUGAAAGGUGAUGAUUCAGAUUCAAAAGACAGUACCACCCUUGGCAAAGCAGGGGGGACAUCUGAAUCGGAUAGCGAGUUUAAAUUCAGCAAAGUUGCAAUGAAACACAUUGGCUCAGAUAGUUGUGAUGAAAAAUUAGAUGAUGCUGAUGACACAUUGUCAUUGGGUAUGAGAAUUAAAUCUGUUAAAAGCAAAGAGAAGAGUAAUUAUCUUUCUGACACAGAAGAUGAUGUUACAAAGUCAGAAAUGGAUGAUAAAGAUAAAAUAUCUGAUGCGGAUAUAAAGAUGGAGGAUGAGGAAGAUUUUGACUCCAAACUUGGAAUGGACAGUAUUGAUAGGGAUUUAUACAUGAAAAAUGCAAAUAUGAAAUUGUCAGCCAAAGAUGAAGAUGCUGAUGAUGAGGAAGAUGAUGAUAGUAAAAGCAUCACAAACAUGGAUGUUCGAGAGAGAGAAACUGUGAAUGUUUUCAAAAUAAAUCCUGAUACAAUCUUACAGAAUUCUGUCCCGGCUUCUGAUGAUAUAGACAUGGAUGGAGACUAUCAAAUGCAUGUAAAUGAUGUAUACUGGCCCAAGGACAAAAUUUUGUUCCAACGUCUUGAACAUAUUUGUUAUACUAUCGAGACCGGUGAAUGGCCACAAAUUAAAAAAUUGUUCUUAGCCCAGGCAUCUGAUUCCUGCAGUACAACUCCUUUGGAUAGAUCCACUCCCAAGCCUGAAAUGAGUGAUAUGGAGUCAGGAGAAAGUAAUUUUAUGGAAGCUUCCAAAAAGACAAAACCUGUUGCAGAAUACACUUCUGAGGUGGAAGGUAUGAAAGUGAAGAUUUCAAAAAAUAAAUUAUGCCUGCCAAAGAAAGAAGAAGGUUCAGCAAAUAAAGCAUUGUCAUUUCCCCAGUUCAACCACAGUGCCUUUUCAAGUGACAAUGAAAGUGUUACUGAAGCUAUGAAUUUGUCUACAUCCAUGGUUGAUUCUUUAAAUCUAAAAAAGAAGAGAGGACGAAAGAGGAAAAGUGAUGUUCUAUCCAGUAAUCUUCAUGAGAAAAUGGCUAAAAAAAUGCUUUCAAUACAAAAUGCUGAUAAUCCAGAUGAAAGAGUUACUAUGGUGCAUGAGAGAGAAGGCAUUAUUCUGUCUGGUGAUGAAGCGCCUAUGAAGAAGGAUCUUCUCCAGUGGAUGCAGAAGAAUCCGGAAUACAAGCCUUUUAUUGGUCUUACUGAUGAAGAUUUUGAACCUGAAAUUGAAAAACGUCGCCGAAGACGUCCCAGACUUGAUCCAACUAAACUAGAUUAUGAUGCUUUGACUGGAGAUGAAAAUGUAUCUGUUAUGAAUCGUGAAAAUGGGAAAAAGCAUAGUGUUUUUCUUUUCUUUUUUUCUCUCUUCUCCUUUUCUCUCUCCUUUUCUCUUCUCCUUUUCUCUCUCCUUUUCUCUUCUCCUUUUCUCUCUCCUUUUCUCUUCUCCUUUUCUCUCUCCUUUUCUCUUCUCCUUUUCUCUCUCCUUUUCUCUUCUCCUUUUCUCUCUCCUUUUCUCUUCUCCUUUUCUCUCUCCUUUUCUCUUCUCCUUUUCUCUCUCCUUAAUGUAAGGCUGUGA